GUUGCGGACGGAGCGUUUAAAUCGAUUGAAAUAUAACGGUUAGCAUUGAAUGCUUAAUAAGGUGUUUGAUACUUACUUAUGUGUAUGGUGUUUUUUCAGUUAUCACAAGUGAAUGAAAUUAAAUUUUGUAUACUUUUGGAAGAGAAAAAUGAUGUAUUAAAAUUUUUGAGAGAAAAUGAAGAAAAUAAAUAAAAAUUGAUUUUCUAUAAAAAUUUUUGUGAAAUAAAAUUCUUCUUCAAUUUUAUUUUUGAUUUGUGUCAACAACAAAUUUUCCAUUUGAAGUGAAACGACAAAGUGAAAAAAAAGAAAAUUCCCAUUCCAUGGAAUAAAAUCUCCACCCAAAAGUCCAGCAGAAAAAAAAAAUAAAAAUCGAAAAAGGAAUGAAGGAAAAUAUAAUUCAUAAUUAAUUAUUUGUGUGCGUGUGUGAUAACUUCGAGAGCAUAACAGAGAAGUGAAUUGUAGAGAGAGUGAGAGCCCGAGAGAGCGUAGGGAGGAAUUUCUGUUUGCCACCAAGAAAAAACCUUUGGAAAAAGGCUGCUCCUUGCCUCAAAAAGGCAAGCUCUCCAAAAAAAGAGAAAUUUCUAAGUGAAAGCCGUAAUAAAUAAAAAAAUCUCCAAAUCUACAAAAUCUUUGUAAAACAACAACAACAAAACAAAUAAGUGAAAAAUUAUUUAAAAAAAUCCAAGAGUUUCAAUUAAAAAAAAAAAAACCCAAUAAUUCAUAAUAUUCCCAAAUAAAAGAGCGAAAUAUAACAGAGAGAAAUAGCAGAGUGAGAGAGAAAGUUCACACAAAAUAUUACAUUCAUACUCUCUCUCCCUUGCACAGAGCUCAUUAAUCCUUGUCACAAAAAUCAAGCUCUCAGCUCUCACAGUGUGUGUUUUAGUUGGAGAGUACUUAUCAUCAACAACAAUUUACAACAAAACCAAACAAAACAUCCAAUAACGACAACAACAUUACGACUAGCAGAGUAUCUCUCUCUUCCUAACAUUAUUCCGGCAUUGCUGUGCUCCGCUUUUCGUUUUUUUAUUGUUUUUACCAUUUGUAUGGUUGUUGGUGGUUCUCUGCCGAAUGACUUUGUAUGCUGAGUGAAAAAGGUUGGUUCACCAUUUUCCCUAAAAUUAUAAAUUAGCUCCACAAUCAUCCAUUUGGGUUUUUGGCAAUCAAUGGGUGCUUCCUUCCUCUUCAUAAACUCAAUAGAGAAAUUUCCACGAAGUCACUGACAGCACUUUGAAAUGUAAAGAAGAUAAUUAAAAUCAAAUUCCGUCGGAACGAAAGAAAAGAAAAACGCAUUUAAAUUAUUCAUUUGUUUGCAUGGGUGUGUGGGACGAUGAAAAGCAGCAAAAUGUUUACACAAAGAAAACAAGUGGCAUGCGUUUCUGCAACGGCUGUUAAAUAAAAACGCACGAGGAUAGCCGGCAAUAAUUACAGGAAAUCUCCACUUCACCACCAGUCCCUCGACCAUUAGAACAAAAUUGAAAGCCGAAGAAGAAGGAGAAGAACGAGAACAAGAAUAAAAGAACGAUUAACACUGAUUGUUAAUUUGUAAACAAAUUAAACUCCCCACGAUAUCCGCUCGUUUCAGAAAAAACAAAAUUGAAUUGUAUUGCAACACAAAGGAAAACCCACUUAAUAAGAGAAAAAGAGAGAACACACUCCUUGACUGCUCCCCAGUAAAAAAGAAAAAAAUUAUUCAAAACUGGGGAGAAAUUUUCAUUAAGCCGAACGGGAAAGAAAAUCUAAUUCGCCAAACAACGACUGAUUUGUAUUGAACUGAACUGAAGUUUUUAUAUUCACACUUCGUUAAGAAUUUUGUAAACAAAACAAGAAAUCAACAACAACAACAGAAACAACAAUUAUCGAUAAAUUAUAAACUUUGUAGAGAAAAACAAAAACGCAAACAACAAGAAGAAGAAGUCUCAACAUUUUUGAAACUUCAAAGCAAAAACAAAGAACUCCAGAUCUUAUUUCUUCUCCCCCCAACGUUGCCAUAAAAAACAUUCAAAAUUACGACGUAUCACCCACCCACACCCAAAGUCAAACAAAACCCGGCCAAUAUGGACAGUGGUUCCGGGUCGGGAUUUGACGAUGAACCACCGCCAGAGCCGCGAGACGGUUGGCUGCUGGUGCGCAUCCAUGUGCCCGAGCUGAACGUCUACAAAUGCCUGCAGUUCCCCUCCGACAAACUGGUGUGGGAUGUCAAACAACAAGUAUUAGCCUCAUUACCAAAGGAACUUAAAGAGAGCUUUAACUAUGGUCUCUUUUGUCCACCCUCAAAUGGCAAGGCGGGCAAAUUCCUUGAUGAGGAGCGGCGUUUGGGUGAUUAUCCAUUCAAUGGUCCAGUGGGCUAUUUGGAGCUCAAAUACAAACGUCGCGUUUACAAAAUGUUAAAUCUUGAUGAGCGGCAAUUGAAAGCAUUGCAUACCCGUGCCAAUUUAAGACGUUUUUUAGAAUGCAUCAAUGGUGGUCAUGUGGAGAAAAUUGCCAAAAUGUGCGCCAAAGGGCUGGACCCUAACUUCCAUUGUCCCGAAAGUGGUGAGACGCCACUAACUGUGGCCACCGGUGCUAAAAAACCAAAUAAAUUGUUAAUAGCUCUGGUAAAUGGUGGGGCAUUGCUUGACUAUCGUACCAAAGAUGGUACAACGGCUUUGCACAGGGCCGUGGAAAAAGAUUCUUUGGAGGCGGUAACUACUCUAUUGGAAUUGGGCGCCUCGCCCAACUAUAAAGAUGCCCGUGGCAUAACCCCCUUGUAUAUUUCCAUUACACGCAAGUGUGAUUCGAAAAUAACGGAAAGCCUUUUACAUGAUCAUGCCACAUUGGGUACCCAGGAUAAUCAGGGUUGGAAUGAGGUCCAUCAGGCCUGUCGUCACGGUCUUGUCCAGCAUUUGGAACAUUUAUUGUUUUAUGGUGCGGACAUGGAUGGCCGUAAUGCUUCCGGUAAUACACCAUUGCAUGUAUGCGCUGUUAACAAUCAGGAGGCUUGUGCUAGAAUGCUUCUGUUUCGUGGCGCCCAACGUGGUGCGCUAAAUUAUGCCAAUCAAACUCCCUAUCAGGUUGCUGUCAUUGCGGGUAAUUUGGAAUUAGCCGAAAUCAUACAAAAUUAUAAAUCUGAAGAUGUUGUACCCUUUCGCGGACCACCACGUUACAAUCCGAAACGUCGUUCCGGCAUGGGUUGGCUAAGUGCCAAUGGUAGCAUUGGCGGUGGUAGUAGCCUAAUGGGUACAUUAACACGCAACAGCAGUACAUGUGGCCAUCAUGGACCACCAUCACCGUGUCCAUCCGAACAUUUGCCAUACAGUUCAGCCAGUUCGAGUUUAUCGGAGGGUUCAUCCGGUCAUCGUUCUCACGAGGAUGACAUCAGCAUUGUAACAGAUAAAUCACUUGGUGAUACCAGCGACAUUAUCAGCGACUCCUCUGGCGUUGGUACCAAUUCCGAUUCUGCGGCCUGCUCAAUUGGUCACCCUAGCACAACGGUGGUUUGCAUGGAGCCCUAUGCUGGCAAUUCUGUGGGUCAUAUACGCCUGCAGGUUGGCGAUGUUAUUGAAGUUGUGGGUUCGACCGAUUGUGGCCUCUUGGAGGGCUAUGUACGCGGUACCAAUCAGUCUGGGUUCUUCCCAGCUGAGUGCGUACAAGAGGUUAAUUUACGACAAAAGAAUAUAACCAAUGUUGCUACAGCGAAUCCAAAUCACUCGCCCUAUCAACAUUCACCAGCAGCAUCGUCUGUACACCAGGGUUCGCCACAAUUGAGUCUGGGUGGCAGUUCGGGAAUUGGUGGCAUGAGUAGUACGGGCGGUACUUUGCCACGUCCCACUCUGAUACAUCAGUCGCCAUCGUUGUCGGUGAACAGCAAUGGCUCGACACAUGCAUUGAAUGGUGGCGGUGGAUCAUCGGAGAAUUAUGGUUCAAUGAAACUGGCUGGAAGUAGCAAUGGCCAGCAACAGCUGCAACAGAAUCAGCAAUACAGUAGUGCUACAGCACCCCGAGUCAAGAAAAAUGCUUUCAACGAACCUCGUACUGUGGUAUUGCACAGAGCCAAGCGUGGUUUCGGUUUCAUUUUGCGCGGUGCCAAAGCCUCUUCCCAACUCAUGCAAUUGAAGCCAUCUGAUCGUUUCCCAGCACUCCAGUAUUUGGACGAUGUCGAUCCGGGCGGUGUGGCCGACAUGGCCGGCCUCAAACCAGGCGAUUUUCUCUUAGCCAUCAAUGGCGAAGAUGUUAGGGCUGCAUCCCACGAGAAGGUGGUUGAAAUGAUAAGAUCAGCCGGAGCAUUGGUUUCCAUGACCGUCAUAUCGCCACAAUUUCCCAAUCAAAUGCAAGCCACCCCACAAUACAUGCCCAGCCAUCAUUUGUCAUCGGGUCCGAGCACACCGCAAACCUCGCAUCGACAGUGUGCCACUUUGCCACGUAAAAUGUCCUUGGGACCGAAUGCAGCAGCCGCAGCGGCUGAGAGACAGGGAAGACCUGCACCCUUACCACCACGCAGAGAUCCCAAAACCACUUUGUCAGUGGGUAGAGCACGAGCUAAGUCAAUGGUGGCCGGUUUGGAGAAUGGCGGCGAGAAGGAAGACGAUGACAUCCAUCAUACAAAAUCCUCCUCGGUGGAGUCGAUUGUAACACCUACACCCACACAUCCAGGAACUCCGGUACAGUUGCGUACGGCCAGCAUUAAGGCUAGGCCCACAUCAAGUCGCAUUACAGCCGCCGAGCUUGAGGAACUGUUCCAGCGUCAACAGGGCGAAGCUGUUGAUAGUGCAAAUCGUUAUUCCACCAUGAUGACUACUUCACGUUUCCAGUCGGGCACCGACAGUGGAGCAGCCACGCCACCAGCCAAUACCAAUUCACCGCUCAAAGGUCCCAUGGUCUAUGGCAGUGUGGCUGAGAUGAAGCGUAAAACCAAAUCUAAAAAUGGCACAUUGCGUGGCAAACCAUGUGCCAUACCAACCGUGGGCGCUGGAAGCCGUGACUUAAAGAGGUUCCAUUCAACGCCGGAUCUUAAUGUUAAUGCGGGUGGAUCCUCCUCUUCGAUCUGGACCGCUGGCGUGGCCAAGGGUCAUUUGUCACAAGAUGAUGUGGCCACAUUGCAUGCCUCAAUGUUGCGUCUAAAUGCUUUGCCACCACCAAAUCAUCCUCCACCGCCACCACCCGUGGUGGGUCAGGUUGUAAAGGUUGAGACCCGGCAAAGUUCGGAAUACGAGAGCACACUGUCGCUACAACAAAAACUAAAGAAACGUGUGGAGAAUGAUGCCGUUACUGCGGCCGCAGUUGAUGGUAUUCAAUCGAGUUUCAAACCUUCGGCAAGUGCAAAAAUCUAUGCUUCACCACAGGAGUUGAUCGCUUGGAAGUUAAGGCAAACUCAAGAGAAUCGCCAACAGAACAGUAACCAACAACAAAACUCGAAUCAAUCUGGUAUUUAUGCACCAACAAAUGUUGCUGUUCCCUCGAUGAAUCAGCAACAACCACAAAUUAGUCAAUAUGCUCAACCAACGGCCUUGGCACAAGCCACAGCCGCCGCCAGCACAACCUCUUCUAAUGUCACCACAGUCACCAGCACCACCACUAACACCUCAUCGCAUUAUGCCGCCCCGCCAAGCCAAAAUAGUGGCGGCAUAAUUCUCAAUCAAGUCAAUAACAAUAAUAACACCAACAACAAUAGUAUUGUGGCAAAUCUUCCGACUGGACCGGCACCACCCAUCCCUGAACCGGACUACAGUCUUAGCGAAUCGGAUGGUGAAGAUGAAAAUUCGAUUUUGGUGGCACGCAACACCAAGCUAAAUGAGAAGAUUGCCCUGAUCGAUGUACCCGAAGCGGGUGGAAAUAGUCAAGCAAGUGGCAGCAGUUCAGCAUCCGGCUCUGCAUCCAUUUCACAUUCCCUAUCGGUGGAGGAAAUCCAACGCAUUCGCAGCAAUUUGAAACAAUCCAAAUCAUCGCCAAAUGGAUUUGAUAAAAACGAUGAGACUCUCUCCGCCGCCAAUGAAACAAAUCAGCAACAAGCUCAGCAGCAGCAGCAGCAACAACAACAGCAGCAACAAGCUACAGCCAAAAACGAUAAUGACGUUGAAAAUGUCAACAACAACAAUAUGAACAAUAACAACAAUGAAGAGGAAGGUGAUAGUAAUAGUUCAUCGGGUGUUAGCAGUGAUCAAGAGGUCUUAGCGGCCGGUGCUUUGGCCAAUAUUGGACCCAAAUCAACCGAUACGAUUAAAAAGAAACCCACGGUCACAAUUAAUGAAGAGGCCAAGACCAUACCCGAUACGAAUAAGGAAAAAGAUGAAGUGGAUUCUACAAAACUGCCAAAAACAGCUACAGCAAAUACGACAGCAGCAGCAGCCAGCACAACAGCGAGUGCCGCAAGUGCUGCAGCUGUACCAAAAACACCACCACCCACACAAAGUAAACCCAGCAAUUUGCAACAGUUGGAGAAGACUGCAAAAUCGACACCACCGUUACAACACAAAACUCUACAGCCUGUGGCCAUUACAACAGCUGCCAGCAUUGAUAAGCCUCCAAGUAGCAGUAGCGCCGGCAUUGCUGCCAUUGCUAGUGCCACCACCUCACCGGCCAUUUCGACUACAAAUGUGGCCAAUGCCAAGGCAGCAUUUGAGGCCAAGGCCAUUACCUCUUCCCACGUUCCUGUCUCAGCUACACCAAACAUUCCAACUACGGUCACCGUCAAACAAAUGGUCCAGCAGCAACACGCUCCAGUCAUACAGCAACAACAGCAGCAGAUGUCUGCAACCAAAGUCAAAACAAUUGUCGUUCAAAGUCAACAGGUGGCGGCAAAGAGUCAAGCCUCGGUGGCCGGUCGUUUGGCCCAACCCCACAUGAAUCCCAAUCAGAAAUUGUUGGCCACCCAACAACAAAUACUGCUACAGCAACAACAGCAGCAGCAACAAAUGGCCCAUCAACAACAUUUACAGCAAAUCCUCAAGGCAAAGGCAGCAGCCGCUGGUGCGGCCGCCAACACGGCAGCCAUUGUUGCCAAACAGCAACAACAAAUGGCCAAACAAUCAAGUCUGCUCUCAUCCCAGGAGUCACAGGAGGAACAGCGUUCCGAUGAUGAUGGUGAGUUGAGUCCCUCGCCACCGGCCAAGGCCUUCCAACGCCACAAUUCGUUAACACGCAAACAAGCGGCCGCUAUUGCUAUGCAACGUGCAACCCGUUCGGCGGCCGUUUCGCUGGUCCAGUUGCCACCGCCCAUUGAGGCCGAUAGUGAUUCUGAAAUGUCGACCUCCCUGUCGAAUUCAAAAUCUACCAUUGUUGGGGGCAGUGUUGCCGCUUCUGCGGUGUCACGUCCCGAGCCGGAUGGUGGUCUGGUAACAGAGAACAUUGUGCUGGCACCACCGCCGCAAUUUUGCGAUUGCAAUGACAUCAAACACACACCGCAGAUGCAGCAACCACUGCCGCAGCAACAGCCUCAGGCACAACAGCAGCAGCAACAACAACAACAACACCAGCAACAGCAGCAACAACAACACAUGUUAUUGCAACUGCAACAACAGCAACGUUUACACUUGGCACAGCAACAACAACAACAACAGCAGCAGCAUCAGCAGCAACAAUUACAAUACCAACAAUACCAGCAGCAUUUGCAGCAACAACAGCAGCACCAUCAACAACAGUUGGCUGCCAUGCAACAGCAACUGCAAAUGCACCCCCACAUGAUAAGCACAAUGCACCAUCAUGUGGUGGCCGCCCAAAAUGCUGGUAAUGUUGCUACUGCUGCUCCUGCUGCCGCCAGUGCCGGCAAUAUGGGCACCCUGGGUCGUGUACGUAUUGUUGGUACUCCCAAGAGCAAUAAUCAUCAUCGUUUGCAUUAAAGUAACGAAAUCGCAAACCACAACAAAACAUAACCUGUGUCGUUUGGUUUUCUAACCUUAUAAAUUCGAAAUUGUAGAUUUACAUUCGGUUUUGAAUUUGGCACAAUGUAGCCAAAAAAUAAUUUAUGUUGUUCAUUAUAUAUUGUUUGUAUGUAUUAAUGUUUUAGAUAUAUACAUAUGUAUCUGUUCGUGUGAGUGUGUGCGUUUGUCUUUGAUUAAAAAAACACAAAAAAGUUAUCGAAAUAUCUUAAAUAUAAUGAAAAAAAUGUUAUUUUAAAUUUUCAAAGCAGUGUGAACAUUAUAUGAAUGAUAUGCCGUAAUAACAUUGUAUGUUAUGUGAUGAAGUAAUUCGGAGUCUUUGUGCAAUAUGAGGCUAUAACAGAGUUCAUUUAGAGGAAAUUUAAAGCUACAAUUAAAAAUUCGAAUAUAUUCCAAUAAAUCAGUAGAGAAAUUAAAGUUGAGUACCUAUUAAUGAACAGUAAGUCGUCCGAUACACUAAUUAUUCAAAAAUGUUAAAAUUUUCUUAUCAACUUCUCACUUCCUCUUUAUACCGAGCAAUUUGGCAUCACUUUUCAUAUAAAGCCCAAAUUGACAGCAUUGGCAUGAAGUACGACAGUAACAGUAUUCUCAGUAACGCAUUUUAAAAACAUGUUUACAUAGGAGUUUUAUUUUGGAAGUACAAUUUAAUAUACUAUUUAUGGAAACUUCAUUGUGAUUUAAAUUUACAAUCAGCUGAUGUCUGUUAGUGUAUACACACUUAAUGAACAUAAAAUGUGAAAAAUAAUGCAUUUCUUUGGCGAAAGAGCAAAUAUGGAGACUUACUUUUCAUUUCCACAUUAAAAAUUGUUUAAAAUUGCAGCUAUGUUGUCUGAUAAACCCAUGCAUUUAAUUACGAUAUUAUAAAAUAAUUUUACAGUACGUUUGUAUGUAAAUGUGUUAUCCCAAUGUAUUUAGAUUAAAAUUGUCAUAUCCAUUAUGCAUACUUCAGAUAUAUCCUCCUGAAGUAGGUAAACCCUGCAAAAAGUUCUGUCGUAAACAUGGCAUUAGAGCCAUAAUCGAACUUUGUCCAUGGUGUAUCCUGCAGUUUGACAUUAAUUACCAAGAUACGAUUAAUUACAAAACCAAAUUCACAAUGGCUUGCCACUUCCUCUUUAUGCCUAGAAAUGUGGCAGCACUUUUCGUAUGAAAACAAAUUCAAGUUGGCAGCACUGCCAGGAAAAAAGACAGCAACGGUGUUUUACAGUAACGCAUUUUAAAAACAUGUUUAUAUAGGAGCAUUUUUUUAGUUUACAAUGUAAUAGACCAUUUAUACUAUUAAUGGAAACUUCAUUGAAUGCAACAAAUCCAGUAUACAACUCCUAUCGUUUACAUAUGGCUUUGAGAGAAGUUUAAUUACAAUCAGCUGAUGUUUGUUUACGCAUACACACUUAGUGAACUUUGUCCAUGUUGUACCCUGUAGUUUGACAUUAAUUACCAAAGUAAGGAUUACCAAGUCAAUUUCACAAGGACUUGCCGCUUCCUCUUUACACCGAUAAAUUUGGCAUCACUUUUCAUAUUAAAACCAGUUAACGUUUGCAGUUGUGCCAGGAAGAACGAAAGUAACGGUUCUCAGUAACGCACUUUAAAAGAAUGUUACAUAGGAAUUUUUGUUUGGUUAACAAUAUAAUAGACCAUUUAUACUAUUAAUGGAAACUUAAUUUCAACUUUCGUUUACACAUUGCAAAUUGUCUAAAAUUGCAACUCUGUUGUCUGAAGACAUAUUGUAAGAAAAUUUCAGAGUCUCAAUCGAACUUUGUAGACGUUGUACAUUGUAGUUUGACAUUAAUUAUCAACGUAACGAUGCCAAUCGCUUUAAGUAUCCUUGAUUCAUUCCAACCUUUCCGAUUGGUUUUGACACUGAUUGUCAUUUCUGCAGACGAAACAUAUAAGUAAAAUAUGUUUCAUGUUUGUUUAUGAAUAUAUGUGACAUGUUUAUUCUUGUAACUUGACAUUCUGCACUUAAAUCACUUGUCUUAUCCUGUGUAAAUACGGAUUAAACAAAUGAACCGUUGUCAAGACACUACAAGACUACUACUUCACACUAAUAUAACGAUGUAAUGUAAACAUGUCAUAAGUUUCGUAUUUUUUGGUCAAGGCUCAUUGCCAUUUUAUUCAUGGCACAAUCAAUAGGUAUGGUAUUUACCGCAGCUGAUCAUCUAGAUUGGUUGUCAAAACACUUAUUGUGAAUGGAAGUACAUUACGAAAGAUAAACAAGCUGUAAAGAAAAUGUAAACAAAACUUGACAUUUAAUCUGAUUGGUAAUAAUUUUACUGAACCGGGACAGCUGUCUUAUGAUACGUUUACAUCGAACGGGUUUUAAUAAAAGAAAAACUUGUUAUUAAAACGUGAUAAUUUAAUCAUAGCCGUAUGCUUCGAAAUUGCACAUUGCAUAUUCAUGAUAUUUCAUUAACUUUAUUUUAAAGUAUAUAUUAACAAAGUAUAAAACAACGCACAUUUAUAUUUAACAAAUUGUUGUCCAUGUACACGACUAUAAAAAUAAUGUUUUGAAAAAAAAAACUAAUGAAAAACAUUCAAAAUAAAUUAAUAAAAUUUACAAAUAACUAAAACCAUUUUUAAGAUAUUUGAGAAAGGAAUUCAACAAAAACAAAUAGCGACAUAAACACGUUAAUUAUAACAAAGCAACAAAUAGGUUAUAACUAAAAGAGAAUAUUAAGGCAAACAAGAAAACACAAUUGUUAAAUUAAAAAAAGUAAGGCAAAUAGAAGAAUUUUUAAGAAAACAAAUAAGAAACAGAAACAACAAGAAUUUUACAUUGAAAGAAUAAAGAAGAAAACAAAGAAGAACAAAUGGUAAUGUAAACAUGGCAGAAUUAGUACAAUUCUAACAAUUAAUAUUUAACGUGAAAACGAGCAAUUACAUUUCUUUGUUUCUGACACAAUUCAAUUUAAUUAUAUUACACAUAUGUUACGUACAUGCAUACCCAUAAUAACACAAUUUUUUUCGCAUAAAUUGAUGGAUUUUUUUUUAUUAUUUUAACAUUAAGAAUUUCUUAUAUUAUUUCUAUUUUGUUUAUUAUAUUUGUUUUAAUUCUAUUUUCUUCCUAAAUAAAUUUAGUUUCUGUUUAAUACAAUUAAAAAAAAAAAACAUUUUAAUAUAUACUUUUUUUUGCUAAUUAUGUGUGAUAUAUAUUUUAAAAUUCUAUAUAUAAAGAGAAAACAAAUGUUUGAAAAUAAACGAAAAGAAAACCACUAAAAAAAUUAA